UCUUGUUUCUUCCUCUUAGCCUUAGAUUAUGUGCAUGUACAUGUUAAUUGAUGAUUUUGGUUCUUUGAAUUUGGAAAGUGUAUCCAAAGGUAAAGGUAAAGGUAAAGGUAAAGGUGAUGGUGAGACAAGAAGAACAACUACCAGAGCUUCACAUCCAGUCUCUCUCUUUAUAUCAUCAUCAUCAUCCAUCUAAGUCUCCAGAACAUAAUGAUGGUCACACCUACACACCACCAUUUGUGAGGGUUUCUAAGUCUCAUAUCUCCACUUCAGACGCAGGCCACAACCUCAACACAAAAGUAAAUACCAACAAACCAACUUCACUCCUGUUGCGACCACGAGCUGUUUUAUCAAGUCCAGAAAAUGAUGCAAUGCAUGCAACCAAAAACAAAACAGAAACACAUCAUUCAGGUUUCAAGAAUCAUAAUUUGCGUCAAAACAGGCAUGUCAAGUGCAACAAGUCUUAUCAACUUGAAAACAAGAACAAAAGCAGCUCAUGGGAACAGUGAGGAAUAAAAUUGUUCAUCGUUCAAGGUUAUAGAGACUCAACAAAUCAAUUAUAUGUACAAUUAGAAAGUAGAAAAUAUAUAUGUUCUGAUUUUUCUUUCUUUUGUAUUGGCAUUCUAGUUUUAAGGGUAAUUUUAUGUUGUUCCUGUUCCAGAGAAAAAGAUCCUACUUUCUUUUUUA